AUGUUUGGACUUCUUUUUUUCAUUUUGUUCACUCCUGGAGCCAGUGAAUUUCUUUGUAUGUCGUCAGAUCUAGAAAUGUCAUAUACUUUUUGUGAUUCUACACCUCAUGCUUUCAUGUUUAAUCUGACGCCUUGCAGCACCAUGAACAAACCCAUCUGGAAGGCUGCUCUUACCUGGAUUCCAGGAAGUGACAUCACCUUUUUGAAGAUCAUCUUCAAAGUCUGGUACAACAGUGCCAAAGUGUUACACUGGAAAGAAGUCCUCUGCAGCGGAGCCGACGACGAAUAUGCAGUGUGCGGAAUGCUGAAAGGAGAAACAAUUGCAACAACAUUUGACAUCAAAGGUGCAAGAAUGGAGUUUCCAAAGGGCAAUUAUAGAAUUAUUUUACAAGGAUUCUCUGAUGAAUCUGAAAAUAAUAUGGUCGUGUGCUUGAAUUUCACCAUGAUAGUAAAACAAGACAUUUUCUGAAUAUGACAAACUUUUAAAUAAUUCCAGAAUAUGGAGGUCGCUUCUGCAAGCAACUGGAAUCUGAGCUACGAAAUAAUAAGCACACUAAUUUUCUUGAGGUAGAAUACACCAUAUACUGUCUGGAAAGCUACAUCAUGGAUAGUCUUAUCCAUUCAUAGCACUGCUGUCAUCAGAUGCUCAGCCAACGUGCACAAAAUCUCUGGGAAUCGGGCAUCCUGACUAAUCCACAGAAUAACCCUGACUGGAUGUCAGGCUGAGGACUGCAUUUCAGUGCCGUGCCUUGAGUUAUGAAAAAGUUGAGUCCUUCAGAAUAUGCUGAACUAAUACAAGAAGUUUUGAAGUGCGAGAAUCAGAAGUUCACCAGUACUCAAAAUAUAACA